GGUGUUCGAUUAACCAGCUUUUGGAGCGUGAGUGGGGAAAGAUUCGAAGUUGUUGGCUAAAGUAGUUAGAACAAAUUACUGUCGGUUAACAACAAAUGGCCCGCUUUAUAGAUUGAAAAAAUCGAUCAUCAGUCACCUGUUUAAGGAAAGUUUCAGAAUAUAGAAAAUAUUAGAAAUCAUCAGUGCAGUAUUCUGUAUUAUACGCCACGACUAAAACAGCACGACGGCUUUUGUUUUAAACAAACAAGGAAUCUUUUUAUGGAUUUCAGAAAGUAAUUAAAAGCAAAUUUUGUGAUUUAUAAAUAAAAGUUUUGGUACCGGUACCAAAUAAGGUUUGAUUGCAUAUUAAUUCAGACUCAAUAUCAAUAAUUACAUAAUUAUUUCGUCUUUCAUUAAACAUUAACUUACAGCUACCACCUAUUUUGUAGUUUGCUGAGCUAGAUGGUUGGUAGCUUUUAUUGGCAACGAACAAUGAAUGAAGCUUGAUUAUUAACUUAGUAGAAUUACAUUCCUGAUGAGCUAAGAUAAAAAAAUCCAUGUCUUUUAUACACCGAUCUAGGAAACCGGUUUCGAUUGUGAAGUGUUUUUGUCGAUACCGUUAUACCGAUAGUCGGUCGAAGCAAGAAAGUGGAAUACGUGUCAGUAGGGCUAGGGUGAAUUUUGGUAGUGAAAUAGCUUACUCAUAUAGAUCGGCAUCUCAUUUAGUGAAUUGCUCUUUGCCGGCAUUUAACUGCAUUACAGAUAAAUCAAAUACACUAUUGUCAUUUGUGUGUAAAUAUUACUCAACAGUAGAACGUGCUAAAUUAGAAGUUAAUUCCAGUAUUUUACCAGCCAUGCCAGAAAAGAAACCGUUUCAACGUUUACCUACAACGGUUGAACCAAAACUUUAUAAACUUUAUUUUAAACCAGAUUUGAAACAAUUUUCUUUUGAAGGAACAGAGACUGUCAAUGUUGUGAUAAAUGAAUCAGUGAAUGAAAUUAUUUUGAACUCGUUCGAAUUACAAAUUGGCAAAGUCGAACUUACAGAUGUAAAUGGAGAGGUACAUAAGCCUCAGCCUACUUUAUUAGCCGAGGAUGAAUCGCUUAUCCUGAAAUUCGAAAAACAGCUUCCAUGUGGAGAAGCAUCCAUAUAUUUCGAAUUCGUUGGUGAGCUGAAUGAUAAACUCAUUGGAUUCUACCGCAGCAAAUGCAACCCAGCUACAGCGGGUGGCGGUGGAGGCGGAGAAGAGAAGUACGCGGCAGUGACGCAGUUCCAAGCGACGCAUGCGCGCCGCUGCUUCCCCUGCUGGGAUGAGCCGGCCAUCAAGGCUGUCUUCGACAUCACCAUCACUGCGCCCAAGGACAAUGUCGCACUUUCCAACAUGCCGGCGAUCGCGGAGAAGGCGGAGGCGAACGGCGACAAGACAGUGACGUUCGCGACGACGCCGCAGAUGUCGACGUACCUGGUGGCGAUGGUGGUUGGUGACCUGGACUUUGUGGAGGACCGCUCCGAGGACGGCGUUUUGGUGCGAGUCUACACCGAGCCCGGCAAGGCCAAGCAGGGCCACUUUGCCCUCUUCGUCGCCACCAAGGUCCUGCCCUACUACAAGCAGUACUUCAACAUCGCCUACCCUCUUCCCAAAAUCGAUUUGGUCGCUGUGGCUGACUUUUCAGCUGGUGCUAUGGAAAACUGGGGCCUUGUUACCUACAGAGAGACGUGCUUACUUGUAGACACAGAAAAUACUUCGAGUAUGAGAAAACAAAUAAUUGCGCUAACCAUUGGACAUGAGAUCGCUCAUCAGUGGUUUGGAAAUCUAGUGACAAUGGAAUGGUGGACUCAUUUGUGGUUGAACGAGGGUUACGCGUCGUUUGUGGAGUACUUGUGUGUGGCACAUCUUUUCCCCGAAUACGAAAUUUGGACUCAGUUCAUCAGUCAGCACACUCGAGCUCUCGAAUUGGACUCCUUGGAUAAUUCACAUCCCAUUCAGGUCCCUGUUGGUCAUCCUUCCGAAAUUGAUGAAAUAUUUGAUGAUAUUUCAUAUUCAAAAGGUGCUUCAAUUAUCCGAAUGUUACACAAUUACAUUGGGGAUGAUGACUUCAGGAAAGGCAUGAAUCUGUACCUGACUCGGUACCAGUAUAAGAACACGUUCACCGAGGACCUGUGGGCUGCGCUGGAGGAAGCCAGCUCGAAGCCAGUGCAGGCGGUCAUGUCCACGUGGACCUGUCAAAAGGGCUUUCCCGUGGUCACUGUUGACACUGUAAAGUCACCACACGACAAUCCAAAUUCUCGCACUUUUAAAGUAUCACAGACAAAAUUCUAUGCUGCUGGCAAUAAACCACAAAACAAUGGUGGCGGCGACUCGCCACUGUGGCUAGUGCCGCUGACGUACAGCAAGGGCAGCGACCCGUGCGGCAAGUUUGCAUGCGGCGUGCUGGACAAGCCUGAGAUGACAGUGACGAUCUCCGACGUGCAGCCUGACGAGUGGGUCAAGUUCAACCCGAACACGGUCGGCUUCUAUCGCACCAAGUACACCACUCAAAUGCUCGACCAGUUCCUGCCCAGCAUCCAGGCCAAGACUAUGCCUCCGCUUGACCGCCUCGGUCUCGUUGACGAUCUGUUUGCUCUGGUGCAAGCUGGACAAGCACCCACAGUUCAAGUAUUGAAACUGAUUCAAGCGAUGACACACGAGGACAAUUUCACUGUUUGGUCUGCUAUUUCGGACUGCCUUGGCAAAGUGAAAGUUCUCAUUGAAAACACAGACUUCGAAGAUGCGUUCUACACUUACGGACAGAAACUAUUCAAAGAAAUUGCGAAAAAAUUAGGCUGGGAGCCUAAAGCUGGCGAAAGUCACACAGACGCAUUGCUGAGAUCGCUGGUUAUCAGUCGACUGGGGGCGACGUUCAGAGACGCCGAAGUGAUAGCCGAGGCACAGAAGCGGUUCGCAGCGCACCUGAGUGGAGAACGACCCAUUCCCGCCGACCUCCGCUCCCCCAUCUACCGCGUCGUCAUGGCAGCCGGCGACGAGACCACUUUUGACCAAAUGAUCAAGUUGUACAAAGAAAAUGAUUUGCAUGAAGAAAAGGAUAGAAUUGGUUGUGCUCUGGGCCAAACAAGGAAGAAGGAACUGCUGAAACGAACCUUGGAAUUUGCCAUUUCUGAUGAUGUCAGGACUCAAGCCUCUCCAAUAAUAAUUGUGUAUGUAACUGGAAGUGUGAUGGCUAGGGAACUGUCUUGGCAGUUUGUUAAGGACAACUGGACUCUAUUCAGCACUAGAUACGAGAGCGGCUUCUUGCUAUCGAGGCUAGUGAAGUACACUGUUGAAGAUUUUGUGAGCGAGGAGCGCGCGCUGGAGGUGGAAGAGUUCUUCAAAGAGCGCGAGCACUCGAACAUCGAGCGGACCGUGCAACAGGCCUGCGAGACCAUUAGGCUGAAUGCCGCUUGGCUCAACCGCGACCGCCAGCUCAUGAAGGAGUUCCUCACAUCAGCCAACUGAGUUCCAUCAACAUCUCUCUAUUGCUGUCUAUCGCUCUGCUCCAUUUCUCUGUACAAAAUAUCUGAAUUCAAUCACUUCUAAUAAUAUUUAUUAAUCCUAUACCAUUACGUUUGUGUACAUUUCCAAAGAUUACACAUGAAACUUCCAACAAACUGAAUUUUGAUGUUACUAUCCAUAUGAAUAACUGUAAUUGAACCUUGUCUAUAUCGUUCUGUUACUUUUUAUUUGUGCAAUGUGCCUGGUUUAAUCACUUUAUUAUAUUUGUGUACAUUUUUCUAUAUUACACAUGAAUUUCAAUAUUUAUUUUCUGAUCCUUUCAUUGUAUAAUAGCUACAUAAUCUAACUAGUGCAAAAGCAUAAGUAUUGCGGAAUGUAUAAUGUUUGUACUUUAAAAUUACUGUCCCAUUGUACCAUUCAUAAGAAAUAUGAUUUGAUUUAAUCUACA